AUGGGCGCCGACACUCCCAAAUCCCCUCCUCGCAGUGAGGAAGCGCAGAAGGCGCAGGAUGCUCAGGACGAAGAGCAAAUCGAGCGGACUCUCGCGACACUCCAGAAUGGCGGAGAGCUCGGCAUCACUAUUGAUGAUACCCCUUUCGACCAGUCUGGAAAGGCCGACGAUGCCCAAGACUUCGAGGAUAUUAGCGACGACGAUCUUCCGGACGAGGAGGAAGGCGAAGGCAACGUUGCCACUUCCAUGUCCGUUCCAGGUCUGACAGAUGACGGAGGUACAAGCAACGACACCGACGACUUGUUUGGCGAUGGACCGUCUUCUCCGAUCGAAGUCCCUGGUCCGCCGUCACCAGCCCCUCACGUUCACGAUCCCGACGACGCCGAUCCAUCACAAUACCGCGACAUUAACUUCGAUCCUGAACCUGGCUACGAAGCUGCCAACCAAGAUCCCGAGAUUCCUGCUCCAGCUGAGACUGCUGAAGAUUUGGUCAAGCAGGCCUGGCCGACCUGGGAGAAGGGUGUUAUUCUGAAAUGGAACGAACUCUUGCCUCCCAAGAAGGCCCGGUGGAUCGAGAAGAAGCCCACCAAGAAGCCAAAGACCCUUAUCUUCUCCAAGCUCACCCUGGAUCUUGCCGCCGACCAAGAGAAGCUUUUCCGCAUCCCCGGACCCGCGACUGUGACUCGUAAGCAGAGACGCAUCGACGACGAGUCUAGAGGACUCAUGUCUUGCGCUCCGCAAGAGUCUUCAGACGAAGCUGAAGCUGAAGAAUUUAAUCUCGAGCAAGAAUCCGAUUCGGAAGCAGUGGCGGGUUUUACGCUCCAAGACAUUGAGAUGGUGUGCGAUGACUGGUCCAUCCGUAUUGAGCAGGCUGAGCAAGACUUCCGCGAUCAACAAGCAAAAGAGGCUGCAGCUGAGGCAGCCGCCGCGGCUUCCGUCAAGCGUGCCCAUGAUGACGCUUUUGAUUUCGACUGGGAGGCUGAGUUCAUGGAAGAUGAAGAGCCAAAGCCGCCACCAAAGAAGAAGACGCGCCCGCCACCGCCAAAGGGCUUGCCAGAAAUUCCUCGAUUCACCGCACCAUCAUUCGACUCCUUUGAGGAUGUGACCAAGCGCGCCUCCAAACGUGUCAUUCUCGAUUUGAAUGACCCAUAUCUUCUCCUAGAAGAAGCCGAAUCGCAGCGUGGCCCCAAGCGUCAACGUGUGGAGCAGAAGAUGACGCGCAUGGCGAACGGUCACCUGAGACCUGAUUUAUCUUCUCGUUUCAACAUGUCCAACGACGAUGCGUACGAGGCGCUCAAGGAGAACCAUCAGCACAAGGUCAGAGCAACUCUGGGGAAUCUUGCCGUCGAGCACAGUAUGCCCGCGCUUAAACUGGCAUGGCCGUUCUACAAGGUCAAGCUGGACAUUCGACGAGAUGGAUUCCACCGGCCUCAUUUCAAGUUUGGCAAGCAUGAGCGUCAGACGAUCAGGUUCAGCAAAUUGGGCUUCCAUAAGCGCAAGACUAUGAAGGGAAAGGCUCAUGAGGUCUUCAAAACCACCAAGGACUUGGGCAUAACGGACAACUCGACGGCUGUACUCUUUGAGUACUGUGAGAGAACGCCACCCGUUCUUUCCAACUUUGGCAUGGGAAACCGUGUCAUUAACUACUACCGCAAAAAGAAGGUCGAUGACGAAGAGACGCCACCAAAGAUGGAGAUUGGUGAGUCUCACGUCCUCUUGCCCGAAGACAGAUCCCCUUUCGCCAUCUUUGGCGAGGUCGAAGUGGGACAAACCAUGCCUACUUUGCACAACCAAAUGUACCGAGCGCCCAUCUUCAAGCAUAAGCCGCGGUCUACAGACUUCCUCUGUGUUCGCAGCUCAACGGGCGUCGACGGAGCCAACUGGUACCUACACAAGAUUGAUCAUCUUUACGUGGUUGGCCAGACUUUUCCUAGUGUUGAGGUCCCCGGUCCUCAUUCUCGAAAAGUCACGAAUGCUUCGAAGAACAGAAUCAAGAUGAUUUCGUACCGCAUGAUGAGGAGGAACGAGCACCAUUUGGUAAACCUAUCAGAGGUGACGAAACAUAUUGCCGAGUCUACGGACGCUCAAAACCGGCAAAAGCUCAAGGAGUUCCUAUCCUACGCCAAGGUUGAGAAAGGACUCUGGGGCCUUAGGAACGGCGAGACUCUCAUGGAUGAGAACUCAAUACGAGCGAUGAUCAAGCCUGAAGACGUCUGCCUGAUUGAUGGUAUGCAGUUGGGUAUGCAGAUGCUGGAAGACGCUGGUUUCGACCCUAACAACGUCAACCUGGAGGACGAAGGCGAAGAGGUUGCCGAGGAUGAGGACGACGAUCGCACGGGUGCAGGCACUGCCAAGGGUAGUAAGAAGGCUGCCGAGAAGAACGAAGAAAAACUAGCAGACAAGAUGGCGCCGUGGAAAACCAGCAAGGCUUUCAUCGACGCAUGUGCUGGCAAGGCUAUGCUCAAGCUUCACGGACAAGGAGACCCGACUGGCCAUGGCCUUGGAUUCAGUUUUAUCAGAACUUCCAUGAAGGGCGGCUACAUCGAGACUGUCCAGAAGGGUGGAUCCCAUACCACUGCAGCUGACGCCAUGGCAGCACACCCUGACGCACAACGGAAGGCGAACAACGGCCACGCUUACAACGUCAAGGAGCAAGAAGCCAUGUACAGAAAAGGCAUUCGUGAAAUUUGGGACAAGCAAAAAGACAGUCUGGAGGAUAGCACACAAAAGGACGAUGACCUCGUGGUGCCUCUGCCACCAGACGAAGAUGACCGGUUCAACCCCCAGCGAGCCCAGACUCCUGCCCAUGCCGACGAAGGGAUGAGUCAAAUUACCGGCCUGACGACAUCGACUAGCCGGAAUCAGCGAAAGAAACUCAAGAUUACCCGAGAAGUUCUCAAUGAUCAAGGUGCUGUCGAGCAAAAGGUCAUCAUUCUCGAAGACCCUGUGAUUAUAGACCGUUAUAUCAAGAGAAAGAAGGAGUUGGAGUUGGAGGAUUUCAAGUACGAACUCCCACCGCGUUACCCCCCUCCCGAUCCUAUUUCAGGUCUAUUAUUCAACCUUCAUGCGCUCCCCGCUCACGUAAUCUCGUGUUUAGUAUCUACGAAGGACGACCGACUGGUGUCGCUGAUGACGACCGCCGUCGUCUGGUUGAGUAGGCAUUAUCCUUCCGUAGAUGCUGAACACUUGAUUGACCACCUAGCAGGAUUGAUAAGGAGCUUGAACGGCUCAACCGAAACAAGCAGCGACGCAUCGGACGAGAGCAACAAAAAGGACUCCACCGUUCCAAGAGUGGACUCGACGCAGGGUCCCCCGAAGCAGACCGCGCUGCCACCGGUACAACCCGAAAGUGUGCCAAUUGUGGACAAGUCGGACACAUCAAGACAAACAAGAAGUAUUGCUCCCUUUGCUUUUCCUCUACCUCCCCGUCCCAGUUCAGAUCUCCGGAGCAUGUUCAGACGUGGGGGAAACAAUCGCUGGGUUCUCAAGCGGGAGCUCCUGUUGAGGGCACGCCAGCGAACACCAGCCCCGCCAAAGCAAAAAAGCGACGGGAUUCAAAAGCACAGGAUACGCGACCGCUCAAAAGAAAAGGCCAAUAGGCGGGCAUCGUCCAAGGGACAGCCAAAACAGCCCCCAAAGCCAAAGGCAAAGAAGUUCAAGUACAACAAGUACACAUCCAAGCCCUACUGGCACAACAGCAGUAUGAGCACUAGGGUCAUAUAA